AUGGCGACGUCCUUUACCAACCUCGCCGAGGUCGGAGACAAAAGCAACGAGCGCUCAACGACGCCGGCCAAGAGCACGGACCGCCACAUGCUCAAGAAGAAGGGACCUUCCAAUACCCGCCGGCUAUUGCCACUGGACCUCUCGGCGUUCGAUUUGCCCAACUCCAAGUCUAAACGCAUCUUUCAACGCAAGGACCUCGUCGAGGCCGUUCGGCGGGUCAAUGCGCCGAUCGUGCUGCCGUCGCGCCUCGAGUCGUCGUCGUCGCUUGGGAGCUCGUCGUCGCUCGGCAGCGUCCAUGGAGAUGGCCCCGAAUCGGCGACCGACUCGAGCAAGGACGUGGCGACGCUGGAAGAUGGCGUGAAUCUAAAUGCACGCAAGUACAACGAGCGCAAGCGCAUCGCCGAUGCGCGAGAGAAAGAACUCACGGUGCUUCUCGACCAGUACCGAGCGAUGCAGAUCGAGACGGACGCGCUCGACCGGAUCCAGAACCAAGAGUCGCACGGUGCCAAGGAAAUCCAGCGGCUCAACAAUGAGAUUGAAGAGUGCAUGCUCUCGAUGGAGGAAAAGAUGCACACGCGGCGGCAACUCGAACACAUGAUUCGGCGUCUCCAGACAAAUCAAAUCAAGUUCGACUCGCACAUCCAGGCUAUGUCGGGGGCCGUCGAGGCAAGUGCGCGCGAGGCGGAAGAGGUGCGCAUCUUGAGCCGGCAGCUCGAAGCCGGCAAGUCGCGGACGAUCCAGCUGCUCCAAGAUUUGCAGCAGCAAGUGGUGAUCGAGCGCAAGCAGCGCACGCGGGAGCUCUCGGAGCACUCGAUCAAGGCCAAGAACGCCGAGCGCAUGGAGCAGUGGCGGCUCAAGCGCAUGAAGCAGCGCUCCGAGCUCGCGGCCGAGCUCCGCGGCGACCUCUCGUACGACGAAGAACGGCGGCUGCAGCGGGACAUUGAGAACCGGCGCAAAGCCAAUGCCGACUUGGGCGCGGCCAACGUCGAGAUCUCGCAGCGCGCGACCGACCACGACCACGUGUUUGAGCAGAUGAAACAAGUCACGGGCGCGAGCAGCCUCCAGGACGUGGUCGACAAGUUUGCGGCCCAGAGUUUGAGCAACCAGUCACUUGAAAAAGAAAAAGGCCGCGCGGAGGCGCGCCUCACCAACGCGAAAUUCGCCAAGGAGAGUGCUCUCAAGGCGCUCAACGACUUGAAGGCGUCGGGCAUUGGCGGCAUUGAACUCAACCGCGAUGUGUAUACAUCACUCGAAAAUGACAUUUUACAAGCCAAGGGCCUCCUCAAGACCAACAAGGCGGCGUACGACUGCUUGGACGGCGUCCUUGCGGCCGUGCGCCAGGGUGCGAGCAGCCUCGUGCAGCGACUCGCACCAUUUGACGAGCUCCUCGAGAUCAACGACGACGCACUCUUGACACUCCACGGCAAGGACGCGGGCCACGACCUCCUCUCCAUUGCCGAAAUCAAAUUCGCCAAGGUUGUCGAGCUCGUGGGCCAGCAAAACGGCGCCGGCGGUGGCUUCAACGCGUACGGCGGCGACGGCGACGACGGCUUCGACGACCACGGCGGCCGCCACGACCACGGCGACGAGGCCAAGCACCUCGUCUGGUCGCCACACGGCAACUCGGACCCGGUCGUCCACCGCAACAACAUUCGCGUCAAGGCCAAAGCGGGCGGACACCCAGAUAGCGCCCGCUCGGACGCAUCGAGCUCGUCGGGCGUCGGCGACGACGACGGGUCGCCACGUGUCGCGAACGGGCCGAUCCUCGACGUCCUCGUGCCGUCUCGCGACAUUCUCAAGAUGAGCAGCAACCGUCACUUUUCCGAAGUGAUGCGAAAAAAGAGGUUCAAUAUUCUCGCGGAGAAGCGCAAGAACGCAACCGAACGCGGCAUCUCGGACGAAGAGCUCACGUCCAAGCUCAAGAAAAAGAAUCAGAACGAAGCGGACAAGCGCCUGUCAACGAAUCCGCUCCUGCGCCUGGGCCUGCCCCCCGGCGUGUCGCAAAAGGACGACGCACUGACCAAGUCGAACGCCUUCAUUACGCAAAUGCCGCAACUUUUAUAG